UUCUAAUUGACUACUCAACAUAUAGGGACCCCCGGCCCAUAGACUCCUAUUAUCCUAAUAAAAGCUCAAGAGGCCCAGGAAGCACAGCAGGUCCAAAUCGCAGCGCCCCGGGUACCAAGCAACCCAUGGAGCACACAGGGGUGCCUUCGGCCCCCUGGCCGAAGGCUUCAAAUUCUCGCAGAAAGGCUAUUUUAAGCAUACAAAGCUACUGGGAGAAAACGGCGAAAAUCAGUAGCCCUCGGCACCUGAAGCCCUCGGCCUUAAGGGGCCUUCGACAAGAAGAGCCCUCGGCUAAUCAUCUACAGCCGAGGGUACCUUCCUCGACAAGAAUAUCCUCUCCACAUGCACCUGGAUCGCCGUACCAAGUACAACGUCACAUCCAACCGCCGCAUUAAAUGCGGCCACAUGCGAAUGCCAGUGACACCCGGUUGAUGUGACCCCUCGGCCGUUGGAUGCUUGACACGUGUCCCCGUCUCGCAUUUAUUGCUACUAUAAAUAGCACCCCAUUUCCCCUUUGUAAACCAUAUUCUAAAUACGCUGAAUUCACACCGAAUACAUAUUCUCUCUCUUACUUGUAUGCUCUAACUUCUCUCUAGUUACUCCUCGCAGUAACCCCUCGGAUUUAUACCUCCGGGUACACUAUCCAUCAUUUGGUGCUCUCGUUGAGAGAUCGAACAAUCAAGUAAGAAACCCUCCCCCUCGCCAAACACAAAACACCCACCAAAAUGGUGAGAACAACACGUGCCAACUCCAAGAAUGUUGAGGACGGGAACCUGGCCCUCGACGACGUCAACGCCCCUGACGCCUCUAACAGGGCUCUCGAGGGUGGUGCCCUCGCUGGGUUGGAACAGGCGGUUGUCGACCUACGCCUUCAGAUCCAGCAGAAUGCCCCCGAUGCCCGCCUCGGCAUCAAAGCCAAAAAGAAGGACUGGAGCGAAAACCGAGAUAGUCCUCCGGUCCUCACUAUCAACGUGCAGUCGGCAUUCUCCGCCUUCAUCCAAACACUCACUCAGAAUCCGGGUGCCUUCGGCACUCUGGUUCCGCUUCAACCUCAGGUCGGGGAGAACGUCAUGCCUCCCCCUCCUCCACAUCCCUUCGGAAACCCCAUCCUUUGGAUUGGGAACGACCAAGGGGUCGUGGCUCAAGAUACUGCCUCUCAGGAGGUCCAGUCCCGGGACCGCCUCGGGGGGAAGGCGCUCCAAAGACCUCAGGAAAGUGGCGGAUCCGUCUCCCAAGCAGACGAAAGACGUCCCCCUCAGGACAAAGGCAAGGCCCCCCUCCAUGCCGAUGAUGCCCAUCACCACAUCAACCAGGCCCACUCGGCCCGUGUCCAUUCGCAGGGGGCGGAAGUCCUCCCGAAGGACCCCAGGGACGAAAUCAUCGUGGCCCUCCAGCGCCGACUUGACGAGAUGGAGGCCACCAAAGCACACGCCGCCAUUUCUGCCCCUCAGGCAAAUCUCAAAUAUGAGGCCAUGCUGGCCAAGAUGGAGGAAAUGCAGAAGAAGAUGGUCGAGGGCUCCGGGGAACCCACCAUACAACUCCCGACUCGGAUGCCAUUUACCCCAAGGGUAUUGGCGGCCCGGAUCCCGGAAAAAUACUGAGGGCAACUCAUCAAGCCCUACGACGGGAAGACUGACCCCCAGGAGCACUACAGCAGGUACCAGAACAGUAUGAUGAUGGUGGGGACAUCGGAUGAAUAUUUGUGUCGCUGGUUCCUCUCCACCUUAGAGGGGCCGGCAUACGAAUGGUUCAACCGAUUGCUCGAGGGCUGCAUUGACUCGUGGCAAGAACUCACACAUUGUUUCUUGACCCAGUUCGCAUGGAGACGCCGGACAAGAAAGUACUUCUCCCACCUACUAACGGUGAGGCAGAAAAAGGAUGAGACCUUUAGGGAUUUCUUGGAACAUUGGAGGACGGAGGCAGAUAAAGUCGACGACGCCGAUGACGGAACCCUCUUGGCCCUCCUACAGACCGUCCUUCGCACCGGGAACUUUUCAAGAAGCCUCAUCAUCGACCCCCCUGCGAUUACAUAAGGGCCCUAUAGUGAGGGGAUCGUUACGCCGAGGCCAAGGAGGUGGAAAAAUAUCACCACAACCCCGACCAGCAACGCCCUCGGCAAGAUGACAAAAACAACCGGUGGCCGGGGGCUCCCGCAAAUCAAUCUAAAGGCCCAGCACCCCCCGGUGAUCGCCCUCGGCCUAGCCAAGCCAAGCUCAGGGGAGGUUACAAGGGGAACCCGAAGACUUGGGCACAACCUGUUCUCCUGGAACGCCCUCGGACACCCUUGACGCACCCCGUCAGCGUCAUCCUCGACUUCGUCGAGGAGAGGGGCCUCGUUGAGCGUGACUCUCGCGCACCCCCGGAGGUAUACACCAUCAACCCUCAGCACCCCUACUGUUGUUUCCAUCGACACCAGAGGCACAAAACCGAUGACUGCCAUCAGCUGAAGACGGACAUCGAGAGAUUAAUAUAGGCGGGCCAUCUGUCCCAGUUUGUCCAAAGCCCUCAGCAACAGGGUCCCCCUACCAAGGGCCACCCCGAGGGCACCCAGCAAAAGCGAACGCCUGGGUUAACCCGAACACCAUCCCCCUCGGCAAGAAGAGGGAGAUCGGGAACCUGGAAGAGGAGGAAGAAGAAUACCCCCACUAUCAAGAGAAAAAGCACCACAUCCUCAUGAUCACCGGAGGCAACACCGGGGGGGAUUCCACGAGCCAGAGGAAGAAGUGUGCUCAAUCGCUUUACGUGGGUGAAGUCACCCGUAUGCCCCCGUAAAGCGGCAGAGGGAAGAACCCAUCACAUUCACCAACGCCGAUCUCCCCCGACUUCCACUCCUCACAGGGAUGCUUUGGUGAUCCAGAGUGAAAUAAACGACACCAUCAUUCAUCGAACUUACGUUGACACGGGCAACUCCGUCAAUAUAAUGUACCUCAGCACCUUUAGAGAGCUGCGUCUGGAGAGGGGGUCCCUUUGGCCAAUCAAGACCCCUCUUGCCGGCUUCACCGGCGACACCAUUGAUUCCGAAGGGGUCAUAACCCUCCCGGUACUAUUCGGCGACGGGCUCCAUAGAGCCAAGCUCGAAGUGGAGUUCGUCAUCAUCAACAUCGAUUGCGCCCACAACAUCAUCCUCAGCCGACUAGCCUCGAGGAUCUCGAAGCCAUCAUCUCCAUGAGGCACCUCUGCCUCAAGUUCCCAGUCGAGGGAGGCAUCGGCUACUAGAGGGGAAAUCAAAAACUCGCCCGCGCUUGUUGCCUUCGAGUAACGAAGAAGGUAAGCAAAACGAAAUUCUGUGUUGACACUGUUGGUCCCGGUUGUACUGGAUACAGUCUAGAGGGGGGGUGAAUAGACUGUAUUGGUUUUUAGCUUUUUGAACUAAGUACCAGUUUUUACAGAAUAGCCUGUUCUGUUGACAGAACAGACUGGCAGCGGAUGGGGUUCUGGUAGGGAGUUCUGUUGAUUUAGCCUCAGAGAAGCAAAGGCAGUAGGCCUUCUGUUAACUCGUAGAACAAGUUCUGCUGAACACAGAUACCAAGUCCAAGGAGUUAAGCAGUUCUAUCUAAGUGCAAAUAUUAAAGCAGUAAGUAAAAGACACCAGGGAUUUUUAUAGUGGUUCAAGGAACAACUUGUUCCUCUAGUCCACUGUUCCACUAAGCUGUAAAAACUUCCGUUUACAAAGCCUUAGUCCUAGCACUUAAGAAGCACUCCACGUCUUCUUCAAGCCUAGAUGUCUCCUGGGAUGCACUGCGUGGCUUCCUUUAAGACUGGUCCUUUUACUGAGCUUCCUGGAAGUAUCACCACUUCACUACUCAAGUUACUUGGACG